CAGCAGCCAAACGUCAUUUACGCGCGAAAAAGUUGUCGUGGUUUUAAAUAGUGGAGGUUUUGUGCAGGUUAUAGUUGUGUCAGUUGUGGAUUUGGGUUUUAAAACUUUUAUAUUGAGAUUUAAGUGAGUUCUGUUAUUCAUUUACGGUCAAUGUGGACUUGAGCACUCGGAUAAACACACAUUUAUCGACUUUAAAGGAGUCUUUAAAGGAAAAUGAGUCACUACUUCACAAGACUGCGUGUGCAAAGAACAUACACAUGGCAUGGAAAUCCGAUCAGUAUAGACCGAAAACUGAAGAGACUCCACCACGAGUCUUUGGUGAUAUCUGUUGAAGGAAGACCAGACCAUGUGGUGUCUGUAGGUCAGUGCAUCCUAAUUGAGGGAGAUGAUGAUGACAGCCCGUAUGUUGCACGGCUACUUGAGCUUUUCAGUGAUGAUGCCAAUCAGGAGAAGCGGGCGACGGUGCAGUGGUUUGUGCGGCUGUGUGAAAUACCUCAGCACAAAAGGAAGCUCCUGGGCCGAGACCCUCAUCCACAAGAGAUCUUUUACUACCAGGAUGACUCCUGUGAUAAUGAGGUGGAUGCUACGACCAUCCUCCGAACAGUUCAGAUUAAACACAUCCCUGCUGAGGCGCCGUUCCCAGAUGUUAAGGGCAAAGACAUUCUGUUUGUUAAACUUAUGUGGGACAUGAAGAAAUUUCAGACUCUGGAUCCUGAGUUGCCCCUUCAAAAGCCCAGGUCUCCUUCUCCGGCCCUGCGUGCACUCCGACCCCGUGCUCUCCCCACCCCGGACCCGAGCGUGAUGAAGCGGGCCUUGUCCGGCAUCGUCACCCACGGCAGCAUGAGCGCCGGUAAGCUGGGCUCCACCGAGGCCGAGUCAGCUCACUCCGCCUCCAAACUGUCCGCUGCCAAGCUACUGAACGUGAAGAGGAGAAGCAGAGUUUCGUCCAACCCAAACAUCCGCAAGAAGCUCGUCCUGUGCAGUCCAACGAAGAAACUGACCAGAGACGAUGUUCUUGGGGAGAUACUGGAUGAUGACCAGGAAAAGGAGGAAGUGCUGGCGAGCAAGCUAGGUGCUUCUCCACCUUGUCGCUUCUCCACCCGUCUGACCCCACUCCAAAACGUAGUCUUGAACAAAUCUCCCACUGAGGAGGAGAAUCUGUCCAUCCAGCCUCUCCAAAGCCCCAAUAAACCCAGUCACUCUGCUUGUGAUAACACCUCCACCAGGUCAGUUUAGAGAUGUGAUGUGGGUGGACACAAGUUUUCGGUUUUAUUUUUUACAUAAAAGAAACUUUUCGGGAACGUGCUGUUAUAGGAACAGAAUCGAUGACUGGGUGGUGUGAUGUGGUACGACAGAAAGCAAAGAUGCUCUUCCUGCUUAAUGUUUAUUCCUCUGAUACCACAGCAGCUCGUUAAAUAUUACAAUGCCUAUUUAAUUUUUAAAGUGUCACGUACUUUUUAUUCAUUUAUAGUAGGCAUAUCAGGUGAGAAGUCAAUCCAAAUGGCUCUCAUUGAAUUCAGAACAGCAUAUUUCUUACAGAAUUAAAAUGUUUAUCCAUUCUUGAAAUAUUACAAAUCAAAGAUUGGAAAAAAAAGGCUUAAUUUUUUAGAAAACUGCCAUAUGUAUUCGGAUCACAUGGUCCAAAAUGGGCCUCAUUUACCAAUGAAAUCAAAUGUUUUCUGUUUUUCAAGGUAUUUACAUGGAAAUUGGCAGGCACAUAGAUGAUGGCAUACUGAAUACUAAGUUUGAAAAACUAGUAAAAACCAGUUAUGCAAACUGGUGUUAGUAUUAAUUAUGCUAAUUGGGUAAAAAUGUUAAAUUGUAACACUCCAAAGUAAUAACAUGGAUUAAAGUUUUCCGUCGUGUGACGGAUUUCCGUCAACUGAACUCUCCCAAGGCCAAAUGUGAGGUCGGUGCUGAUCCGAGGAGAAUUAAAAUGCCGGGUGGUUGGGUAGAGAUUGGGUUAUAACACUGUGUUGCAACACCAACUAUCAGCAGGGUUUAUUUAACUUUUUUGUUUUUGAGCCAUGCUUUGUGUCGUUCAUUUCCUAUGUUUGAUCAUGUUUAAAUGUUCGCUGUCAACGGUGCGGCAUUAAAAAAAAACAUGCGCUGUCAAAAUUGGCAAAAUACAUUCCCACACUGUAAAAUAUAAUAAG